AGUUGUGAGUGCGGAUCUCGGUUGGGAGACGUUCGUGCCACUUCGCGUUUAGAGCGCAGAGCGAAGACCGCACGCUUACUGCUCAGAGCGACUUCAAGAGAGAUUCACACACACACAGAGAUUCACACAGAGAAUCACACGUAAAUUGUCACAGACAGAUUUACACACGCAGAUAUAUAUGCACACACAAAUUCUCACAGAUUCACACACGUAGAUUCACACACACACAGAGAGAUUCACACACAAAGAGAGAUUCACACACAGAGAUACAAAGACAAAGAUACACUCUUAGAGAUUCACACAGAGAUACACACGAGGCAACGACACAUACAGAGCUACACGGGAGACAGAGAUAACACAGAGACACAUCAUAGAGACUCGGAGAUAUAUAUACGGGGAGAGGCUUAGAUAUACAUAAAUGCAGAGGCACACAGAGACGUAGAGAAAUACACACAGACCCACAGAUACACAAGGACAAGAGACACACAGGGACACGAGACAGAGAGUCGGGGACAAAGACAAACACACACAGAGAGACAGAGAGAGAGACGCGCAGACACACACGAACGCACAAAGACAAACUGCACAGACGCACACGAACAUACACCGGGGGCAAAUGCUGUUAGCGACCACCUAUUAUUAGACAGACGCGUGGCGUGUGCAGGCACACAGACACAUCGACGUGUACACAACACGCACAACACACACACAAAGGCACCAAGUGAAGACGAGCACGUUACAAAAAUAGACUUUGCUGCAUUAGUCGCUACGAUAAACACCACCAACGGGACGUAUAUUACGAAUUAAAUAGGGCGCACACACACCACACACCACACAGAGAUACAGGCUACAUGCAUACACAUCGUGGGGUGUAUUGAUAUCGUAGACCACCCCGCACACAGACACGCGGCUCACACACACCCGCCGUGUUUUUGGUGGAGUCUUAAUUGGUGCCGUAAGUCAGGAAUCGACUCGUUCACUCGCCCACACGAGAGAGGUCAGCCAUGGCGAGCGCGAACAACGGCAAGCAAAGCGACGAGUCGACUGCCCUCAAGUUUAUCAGCCGGGAAGAGGCGCUGGCGAUCGACAAGGAGCUGAGAGAAGACUACGGCUUCACGCAAGAGCAGCUCGUCGAGAUGAUGGGCAUGGCGGUGGCACACGCCAUCACCAGGGCUUUCCCGCUGGCCUCGCUGCCCCGCAAGCAACCCACGGGCUUGGUGAUCUGCGGGCCGGGCUACAACGGAGCGUGCGGGCUGGCCUGCGCACGCCACCUCAAGAUGUUUGGGUACGAGCCGACUGUGUUCUACGUGAAGCGCUCCGUGAAGCCGCUGAGCCAGGCGCUCACCACGCAGUGCGAGAAGCUCGACAUCCCCUUCCUCUCGUACCUCCCCACCGAGGUGCAGCUGAUCAACGACGCCUACUGCUUCGUGGUGGACGCGGUGUUCGGCACGGGGCUGCGUGGCGAGGUGCGUGAGCCCUUCUCGAGCAUCAUGAACACGCUGCGCCAAGUGAAGGCGCCCGUCGCUAGCGUGGACGUGCCAUCUGGCUGGGACCCGGACGUGUGCGGCAACGGAUCGGCGUGCCCAGGGGCGACUGGGACCGCUGGGUCCGCUGGAGCACAGCAGCAGCAGCAACAACAACAGCAGCAGCAGCAGCUGCAGCCCGAGGUUCUCGUGUCGCUGGGCGCUCCCAAGCGGUGCGCGGAGCGCUUCGCAGGGCGCCUCCACUUCCUGGGAGGGCGCUUCCUCCCGCUGGACAUUCACAAGAAGAUGGAGCUGAACCUGCCCGAGUACCCUGGGACGGACUGCAUCGUGCCGCUGCUCUAGACCGGACAUCCACAGCAGCAGCUGCACUUGCCCCAACAGUCUGUCAAGGCUAUACGGGGGGGGGGGGGGGGAAUCUUUGUCUUUUGUGUGUGUGUGGGUAUGUGU